AUGUGGAAAGCCUGUCUGAAUUUUAGGCAACUUACACAUGAAACCCAUAUGCAAUCAUGUGUGUUUCCAUCCAUGCGAAUGUAGAAAUUGUUAUUUUGUGGCAUUUAUAUUUCUAGUCAAAUUUAAGAAGAGGAAAAAACUGUGACAUGAAAUCACUGUCUGCUGUGUUUCAGCUCAUCACCUCAGUGGCCAAUAUGAAUGGGACGCAUGCAGCGGCGCUGCUUACAAGCAGCCCAAACAACUCUAGCAGUUCCAGCAGCCCCAGCAGCUCUUGGCAGGACGAGGCAGUGCAGGGUAUCCAAAUAGUGGCUACUCUGCUCAUCUUCCUGGUGGGCGUGCCUCUAAACGGGCUGGUGGUUUGGGCACUUGCACGGCGAAAUCGUCACCUGGCCCGCAGAGGCAGCAGUGAGGAGACCCGGGCAGCCAGCAGUUUCCGUGUUUAUGUCCUGAACCUGGCCGCGGCCGACCUGUUGCUGAUCCUGCGUACUCCGCUCAUGUUGGGCUACAUCGCUCACAACUACAGCUGGCCAUUUGGCAUUCAUUUUUGCCACCUGGUGAUGUUCAUGCGAGGCAUGGGGUUAUACGCCUCCGCCUUCCUCCUCUGUGCAAUAGCCCUGGAGCGAUGCCUGUGUCUGCUGAGGCCCGUGUGGGCUCGACUGCGACGCCCUUACUGGGCUGUUCAUGUGGCCUGUGGCAUCUUCUGGCUGCUAGCCGCCAUCUUGUCCGCCCCCUACCUCCACAGUGCCAUCCUGAAGAACAUAAAUGGGACAUACCAUUGCGUGGAGAGUGGGGAGUUUAACAUGGCACUGUUUGUCACAGAAACAAUAGCAGGUUUCAUCCUGCCUCUGCUGGUGUUUUUGGGAAGUAAUCUGGCUGUACUGCUCACCAUUCACCAGGCAGUGCCGCUGACACCCACCACUUCCUCCCCUUCAACUGCCCGCAGGAUGACCAGGAUGUACCACGUCAUGUUUAUCACCAUGCUCUUCUUCCUAACCUGCUGGGUGCCAUACUUUGUUUGUCGGUUCCUGCGGGCCUUGUCUGUGGGACGACCAGGGUGGGCCGCACUGCAUAUAAGAGCAGUCAAAGGCGUAUACAUCUCUCUGUUCCUGGUGUACAUCAAGUGUGCUCUGAACCCGGUGCUGUACGUGUUCGCUGCCCGCGGCUUAGGAAACGCCAUCAAGGCUUCACUUGUUUCCACUAUUGAAAGACUCUUCAAUGAAGACUCCAUGGAGUCCAUACGAAGGAAGUCUCUUAAGAACUCGCUGAAAAACUCACAGAUGUAGCAGACGUCAACAAUGCCUUAAUGACUUUCUAUUUCCAUUUUUGCUUAUACCUAUAACCAAAAAGUAAGCUGUGUGAGUAAAAAAAACAGGUUUAGGUGUGCUUUAGGCCAGUGUUUUACAAAAAAGAUCUGACAGACACAUCAAAUGGAGAAAUAGGGGAAUACUAUUAUUUUUAAAGUUACUGUAUGUAAAGAUGUAAUGGUGGCAGAUUUGACCAAAACUUAAAGUGAUAGUGGUUGGAUCGUCAUUUCAUUACAACCACCUGUCAUUUCCCCAUGAUACAGACACUUGGCAACUAACAGGAGAUUCCCUCUAAUGGGGGAUAUUUGGGAUGAAAAAGUGAUUUAAAGACUUGGAGCACUCAUGCCAUAAACUGUGAUUUCAACAUUUCAGACAAAGACGUGAAAAUUACAACACAACAGUAAAAAGCAGAAAGAGGACUACAUCUCCCUCAAGCACUGAGCAAUGCCAGAUUUCUCUGCUGUCAGCUUAAAACAAGAAGAUAUAUGGACCUGAGUGUCAUCAGUAUAAGUGCAUGACUGCAGGCUCCAGAUAUGCUGCUUCUGUUGCAGCACGCUGAAGGCAGGGUCAUGAUUUGGCAUAAAAAUUAAUUCAUGAAUCAUCUUGUCUGUUCGUCAGUGGGCAGGGAACACCUUCAUGGUAAACAAGCCAAAGUGAACACAAAAGUAUUUCAGUGCCAGUUUCCUGGCCCCAGGGUAACCUUUGUCCUAUGGAUUCCUUCAAGAUAUUGCACCGUCAAGGACGCACUGCCGAGGAAUGUGAUAAUGAAUUGUUCUUAUCAGUAUCAAAAGUGACUUAGAUCCACCAAUCUGCUGACCUCAUACUCAGGGUGUCUGGACUACAACAGGUCCUUGUUUAUACAUCUGGUUCAAGUUGUGCCUAAUGAACCGUGAAUGUAUACAUGUCUAUAGGAAUAAAGCACAACAUACUGAGCAGUAAGUAAGGAAAUAUCUCAUUGUGAAUGUAAAAUAUCCAUGUUGGCUGGGCUUCAUUUAUACACAAAGAGCAUUAUUAUUUGUUGUUAAUAAAAAGAACAUCUAUAC